AUGGUUGACUGGGACAAUGUGUGGCAGUUCUUGGUGGCCGUGUUCCGGUUGGCCCUGGGAUGUGUCGCUUUUCUGGCACGCCAUCGGUUGGUGCGCUUCUGGCCACCCCGCGAGCGUCCCGUUGUGAGCGUACUGCAGGGUAAACUUCGUGGCGCUCGGGCACACCUUCCGAACGGUGCACCGUACUACUACUUCAAGGGUGUGCCGUACGCGACGGCCCCCGUCGGAACGCUACGCUUCCACGCUCCGGUGCCACUCGAUCGCUACCGCAAACCGAUCGUCGAUUGCUACGCCGAGCGCAGCGAUUGUAUCCAGCUGGAUUUCUUCUCCGGCCUGGUGUACGGUGCGGAAAGUGGUCUCUAUCUGAACAUCUACACUCCGCGGCUUCCGGCGGGAGAAGGUUCGAGCGACGUGACCAAACUGCCCGUGAUGGUGUUCCUCCACGGUGGUGGGUUUGCUUGCGGAAGUGGCAGCAGUCUGUUCUACAACCCGGAGUACUUCCUGCAGCGUGACGUACUCGUUGUGACGGUGAAUUAUCGCCUCGGCCCGUUCGGGUUCCUCUGCCUACCGGAGGCUGGCAUCGAGGGUAAUGCCGGACUGAAAGAUCAGCUCAUGGCGCUCCGGUGGAUCAACGAAAACAUUACACAGUUCGGUGGCGACCGGAACUGCGUGACGCUGUUCGGUGAAAGUGCCGGCAGCUUCUCGGCCUACCUGCACAUGCUCUCGCCGAACUCGAGGAGAUACAUCCAUCGCGUCAUCUGCCAGAGUGGCGUCGUCUGCUCGAGCUCGUUCAUGCAAGCCAACGCGGUAGACAUGGCUUUCAAUUUGGCCCGCCACUUCGGCUACAAUGGCCACAGUCAGCUGGGGGCAUUAGAAACGCUCCAGAAGGUCCCGGCAAAGUUGUUGGCCAAAUACCAACGCAAAGCCCUCGGACAGGCUGCCGACCGUCAGAGUGAUCUGGUGUUCGUGUUCCUCCCGGUGAUCGAGCAAACACGCACCGAGGAUUCCAUCAUCACCGAGGCACCGGAAACGAUACUAAAGUCGUACGACACACUCCGGUUGCCGUUGCUCGAAGGCUGCAACGAUGCCGAGGCCAUCCUCGGGCUGUACAUCGUGCAGCGCAAGAGUACGGAAAACAUCCAGCUGCUGCCGGAGCGUAUGGCGUCGAAGAUUUUCCGCCAUCUGCCAGCACCGGACCGGGAGGAGAUCGGGGAGGCAAUAAGAAAGUUCUACUUUGGCGACCGAGUGCCCACCGACUGGAGCCCGGAGCAGCUGAAACAUCUGCUGUCCGAUGUAAUAUUCAUGACCGAUUCCGCCGUCAGCGCCGAGUGGGUGGCCAAGUAUCAACCUAACUUGGCGCACUUCCACUACCGCUUCACGUACGACGGGCGGUUCAGUUUGCUGAAGCGUCUGUUUCUGAACGGGACCGUCGAUGGCGCGUGUCAUGGAGAUGAUAUUUUCUACAUGUUCAAUCCCAAACUCCUGCCAUCACUUUCCCCAACCAGCGAAGAACAUCUGGUGCGUGACACCGUGAUUGCCUUGUGGACUAGCUUUGCCCGACACGGAGACCCAUCAGUGGAUUCGCAAAGCGUGGUCAACACCCAGUGGCGCCCGGUGGGUAAGAUUCCUCGCGAUUCCAACGAUUUCAACCUCGACUGUUUGGAAAUCAACGUCCAUACCGGUAUGGUGAACGAUCCCUGUCGAGAUCGGGCGACCUUUUGGCGUGGUCUCUUCCAGCGGUACUCCAAAGGCUACCUCUAAAAUAUUGAACGUUGAAACCAAAUUGGUGCAGUGAUAAGAGUGAGCUAAUUACUUUACAUCGUAACAUCGGGAUGUGUGAAGUGUGCUAAGGUGUAAGUGUGGUUUGGUAAAAAUAAUCUAUAUAUAACGAUGUAUGGCUAUGUGCAUCUACCUGUGAUUGUUUAUUUUUUACGUUAAGGCCAUGGUGUUAUCGACGGUCAACAUACCGAGAAAGCUUGUGAUGAAAAAUAAAAGCGCAACAUGAAACAUAUUGCAAAGCUUUCUCUCGGAAGCAUUUGCAUAACUCCGUC